AUGGAUUUAUCUGAAACCUUUGUUAAUGAGCUAGAAGAAGCUUUUGAUUAUAAAGAACAUGUGUCUUUAGAAGUUAAUAAACUUCGUGGUUAUCCCAAAAAGAACAAUACAAAGUAUGCUAAUCGACCAAGCAUGCAGACGUACUAUUAUUCUAGACCAACCCCUCAAGAUGUUCUAAUCGAAGAAAGGGAUUGGAACCAAACCAAUACUUCUUAUAGCGAAAGUGAGAUUUAUGAAUGGAAUCUCGAUGGUUUUACAAGCCAACUUAGAGAUUGGUGGGAUAAUUAUAUGACCCUAGAGGCAAAAGCCGCGGUUAAGGUUGAUAAGCUCAGGGAAAGAUCUCAAUUAGGAGACUUUUGUACUCAGUUUGGUUUACCAGACUCAGCACCCAAUUGUAAGCUUGAAAAGCUGAAAGCCUUAGAACUUGAUGAAGAAGUUCAUGAUAAAAUCUAUAGUUUUUUAUAUAUUUUUGGUUCUGAGUCCGACUAUGACUCGGAUACAGAGCCUGAAAAGGAAGAUAAUAGGUCUGAAUCUUCUAAACCUAUUGCUAAUACCAAGGGUUGUAAAUGCAACAGAGAAAUUUGCUCAUGUGAAGAUGAUGAAUUCUUUUAUAAAUUACAAUCUCAGUUUGAACAUUUAAACAUUCAGACCAUCACCUCUGAAAAUAUGAUUGAACUUCUGAAAGAAUUUACUGACAAUGAUUUGCGUGAUAAAAUUAUUCAAUUAGCCGUUAAUAACAAUGCUAGCUCGUCAAAACCUGUUGAAAAUGUGAAAAAGGAUUUUGAAUUUAAAUAUUAUGCACCUUAUUCUUUGUAUGUGGUUAAUGCUAGACUCAAUAAUCAACUUAUUGUUAUACGAGAUGCUUCCUUUGAUGAUUUAAAGGGAGAAAUUGAAAAUUUUAAAAAUGAGAUUAAAUCUCUUAAACAACAUCAAAUGAUUUGUGAUCAUCGCCUUACUCAGAUUGAAAAGGCUUAUAAUAAGGGUAAAAAUAUUGUUGAAGAAGAUAUUCCUGCUGUUAAUACUCUUGCAAAUUCAUUUAACUCUGACCCCAAAAAAGAUAUGUGUUUAGGAAUGAUGCAAGUUGUUACUGCCCAUAAAUGUGCUUUUUGGAAUCGGAAGAAGCAUAUUGUUACUAUUCCAUAUGAAGAUAACUUCUCUGAAGAUAAUAUUCCUAAAAAAUCUCGUCCUUGUCAGAUGAACGCCGAAUUGGUUAUAUUCUGCAAAAAAGAAAUUGAUAAUCUUUUACAAAAGGGUUUGAUAAAGCCUUCCAAAUCUCUUUGGUCUUGUACUGCAUUUUAUGUUAAUAACGCAGCUAAAAAGGAACGAGGGUACCCAGAUGGAAUGAUACUGGAUUUCUUCAAUGAUCCUGUAAGAGUGGUAAAAGAAAUCAUCAUGUUCGAAGAUAUGGACGACUACUAUGAUGCCAACUAA